AUGUCUUCUCACGGCGUCCCAGAAGUCCUCAUGAAAAAGGUGGAUGAAUACGUCGACUCCCUUGGCCCCCAGAUCCAGCCCCGCAUCACCCAAGAGCUUGAGAUAUUUCAGCAAAAGACCAUCGACAGCCUCGAGGACCAGGUCGUCGACGCCUUCCGCUCGCUCUUCAACAAGGACGGCAAGCGCUCCGAGGGCAACUCGAGGGACCUGCGCGAAGAUGCGCCCGACUCGUACGGCGGACAGUCGCUGCCUUUUGCCGACGAGAUUGCCAAGCUGACCCGCAGUUUCACCAAGAUCACUGACGAGGCUGGUGAUGAUUUGCGGGAUAUUUUUGACAUCACUGAGGGCGCCUCGCGUGGUGGUCAGGGUGAGACGCGUUCUCGUGGAGGAGGUGACAACGACUUCUCAUCAGCUAGAGGUUUCCUCUCGGCCGCCAUCAAUGUGGUUCAAGAUCGCCUCGACGACAACGGCAGAGGAUCAGGAGGUCCCAAGUUUGAGCUUGACGGCCUUCUUGGCAUCCUCAGCGACACUGUGAAGGACGCCGCCCGCAACCCAGAGGAGAAGGCGCGCAUGAUCAGUCCCGAAAUCAAGGAACAUGUUGGCGAGAAGCUUCGAGAGCAGCACGCCCCCAUCGCCGAGCAGUUCACUCGUAUCGCUCUGGAGCACAUCAAGCGCUGGCUGCGCGGCAACACGAGCACGCGGGAUCUCGGUGAUGGUGUCAAGGGCGAGAUUGAGGACCAGGUCAAGGAUCUUGUCAAGGGGCUGGGAGGUCUGUUUGGAAGCAAGAAACAUUCCGACGAGGGCGCUUCGAGAGGCUUCGGUGAUCGCGACCGUGAUCGCGACGGCGAUGACAAAGAGGGUGGCAGUGGCUUCUCCAAGGUCAUCAGCGAUAAGCUGAGCACCGGUCUCGCCAGAGUACACAGGGAAGUCCGUAUCGAGUUCCGCAAGAUCCUCGGAGGCAUCGAGAAACAGCUGUUCGAGCUCCUCCCCGACCAAUUCCAGCGCCCUCUUGAGAAGAUCCUCGGUGGCAACCCCUUCGACUCGCAGCUCGACCGCGACGCCCAACCUAACGCGGACCGUGGUUUUGGCGACGAUAUCAAGUCCAAGUUGGUCAACAAGAUCCGCGGCUUGGUGCGUAAGGUGCAGGAGACGCUGCGGGAGAGCAUCCUGGGCGUCGUCAACGGAGGACACCGCAAGUUUGAGCGCGAGAGCUGGGUUUUCGUGCAGAAGAUGGUCGAGCAAAAGGUUCAGAAGUACCUGCCCAACGUCAAGAUCUCUGUACCAGAUGACAUUGGCAACGAGGGUGUCAGCGUGGGUGCCCCGACGUCGGGCACACACCUUGGUGGUGCGAACAACCCUGUACCCUCUUCGCAGGGAGGCCGUCCUCCUUCUCAAGAGCAACAUGGAAGUCAGGGACAUGGAUACAAUCCUCCGCAGCAUCAACAGCAGCAGGACUACCGACCUGAUUACCAUCAGCAGUCCCAGGAGUACCGACCCCCGCAGCAUCAGGGAUACCAGCAGCAAGAGUACCGGCCAGACCAAUACCAGCAACAUCAGCAGUACAACCCUCAGCAGUACCAGCAGGGCCAGAACCAAGGCUACCAGGGCCAGGGUCACCAAAACCAGGACUACCAGAACCAAGGAUACCAGCAGAACCAGGGCUACCAUCAGGGUGGGGGAUAUGGGCAGAACCCGCAGUACUGA